AUGACUACGUCCGAUAUCAAUACCGAUACAACCACAAUUCAUACCAAUUUUUUAAGAAAAACAUCCAUUCCUAGGUCAGCAUCUAAUUCUAGCAUUAGUAGUACUGAAAAGGAUGCUCUCCAAACUCCAAGGAGAAUUCUACUUCUUGCUAUCGGCUCCAUGGGUGACGUUCUUCCUUUCAUAAAUUUGGGAGUGGGUUUCUCUCGUCGUGGGCAUGAGGUUAUAGUUGCUGCUAAUUCGCGAUUUAAAGAAUUGAUCGAAAAGAAAGGGUUUGAGUUUAGGGAAAUAAAGUGGGAUAUGAUACACGAAUGGGAACAUACCGAUGCUGGGAAACGAAUGGUUAGAUAUUCUUCAAAUUCAAUAUUAGGGGUUCCAUUCACAUUUUCAUUUUUGAAGCAAGGUUUUAAAAAAUCAUAUGGGGAUGCUGAGAAUGCCUUGCGAGACGUUGAUUUUGUAUUACUUGGUACAGGUUCAACAUAUAUGUAUCCAGAGGCCGUUUAUGGCCGAUCUUUCGAUUCUUUACAAUGGUUACCGUUUGAACUUAAUGUCACCAUAUGGAAAACAGUAGAUGUUUUUGCUGCUCGCUGGUCUGAUGUCGGUCUUUUACCUAUUUACAAUCAAAGACUGACAGAACUUGGUCUACCGACUGUAGAAAGACUUCCAUGGUUACCAGGUGGUGCUUUCGAGGCAAAUAAGAUUCCUGUAUUACAUGUCUCAAACAAAAACUUGAUUAAAAUUCCACCAAACCCAAAUAACCCUAUGGAAAAGCAAUUUGAUUAUCCAUUUUUAAGUAUUAAUGAAGAAUUAGAAUAUUUUGAUCCACCAUCGGAAUUGGUUGAUUUUUUACGUAAAGGAAGAAAACCGAUCUAUUUUGGUUACGGAUCAAUGCAUAGUUUUAGUGAUGCAGAUAGCAGAGUACGUUUGUGGAUAGAAGUUAUGAAAAAGCUUCCAGUUAAUCAGCGAGCUUUGUUCUCUGGAGUGUCCACGGUCAAAAAUUCAGAAUUGGAUAAAUUCAUUCAGGCUGGUAGAGUAUUUCUUGUUGGGCACGUUCCUCAUUCGUGGCUAUUUCGUUAUGUUGCAUGUGUUGUGCAUCAUGCAGGCGCAGGAACGACACAUACUGUCGUAAGAGCUGGUGUUCCCUCAAUUACGGUUCCGCACUUUGCAGACCAACCGUGGUGGGCAUCUAUAUUGCAUCGACAUGGUCUUUCAGUAAAUGCUGGUAUUCCGGCAAGUACUAUCACAGCUGACAAACUCUACAGAGCACUGCUUGACACAUUGACAGAUAAAGAGUUGAUAGAAAGAGCUGCGGAAAUGGGUUUAAAAGUUAGAAAAAGCAAAGCGCAUUGUCCGGUGGCUAAAAUCGUUAAAUAUGUAGAGAAUUAUUGGGAUAGUAUGAAUUGGGACGAUCUUUCUUUAGAAGGUGAUGGAAGCAAAAGUUCUGCGAGUUCGGAAAGUUUCUAA